AUGGAUAUACGUACACUUAACGUUUUACUCAAAGACGUCGUCUCUUUUGUGGAGCGUGUCCUACUACACGAGCCCUCUCUUUAUCGUAUACCGGGUCCAGACACAGAGGCACGAGCCAUGCUUAACAAAUAUUUGAUGGGGGAGCGGCCUAAUCUGGACACUGAGCUUGUCGAUCCAUUCACCGCCACAACACUGUUAAAGUAUGCCAUUAAGAACCUUGACAAACCCCUCAUCGCGAGAGAAUUUUAUCCUGCCCUAAAAAUGAUCUUGUACUUUGAGGAAAAAUUGGGGCACGCUCCGGAACGGGCCCUCACCCGUGUAUACGAUAGCUUUCUGGACCAGGAUAGAAGAGAGUUCUUCGAAGUCUUUGCCAAGCAUUUACUGAAAGUAGCUGGGGAGCCAGAAAAUAACAUGACACUGAUAAACCUUGUAACGGUAUUUGGCCCAACAUGCAUCUUGCCGUACCGGGAGAUGCAGCUUGAGCAGAUGCGUACGGGCCCAGCAAUCCUCUUGUACAUUAUAAACUUUGCUGCCAAGAGAGCAGGCGUGGCACAAGUCUGCACUACAUGA